CAGGAGCCCUUCACACUGCCAGGAGAUCACGUAAAGUCAUGGCGCAGACAAACAGUUAUAGUCAGAGCAGCAAUGGAGUGGCUGAUGAAUCCCCCAACAUGCUGGUCUACAGAAAGAUGGAAGAUGUCAUCGCUCAUAUGCAAGAUGAGACAAAUGGAAUUCCUGUCCGCACAGUCAAGAGUUUUUUAUCUAAAAUCCCAAGUGUUUUUUCAGGUUCUGACAUUGUACAGUGGAUGAUCAAAAACCUGAACAUUGAUGAUCAAGUAGAAGCACUCCACCUUGGCACUCUGAUGGCAGCCCACGGCUACUUCUUCCCCAUCUCAGACCAUGUGCUCACACUGAAGGACGAUGGAACCUUCUACAGGUUUCAGACUCCCUACUUCUGGCCAUCUAACUGUUGGGAACCUGAGAACACAGACUAUGCUGUUUACCUCUGCAAAAGAACAAUGCAAAACAAAGCCCGCCUGGAGCUGGCUGACUACGAAGCUGAGAGUUUAGCCAGACUACAGAGAGCGUUCGCCAGGAAAUGGGAGUUUAUAUUUAUGCAAGCUGAAGCACAAGCAAAAGUAGACAAGAAGAGAGACAAAAUUGAGAGGAAGAUUCUGGACAGUCAAGAGAGAGCUUUCUGGGACGUACACAGACCAGUGCCUGGAUGUGUGAACACAACAGAAGCCGACAUCAAGAAAUCCUCGAGGAUGAAGCAGCCUCAUAAAACAAGAAAGUCUGUGUACGGCCUCCAGAAUGACAUCCGGAGCCACAGCCCCGCCCACGCCCCCGCUCCAGAGGUCAAAGAGCCCACAGAGGAGGAGAUGCGUCACCAGAUUCAACACUGGCAAGCCCAACUAGACAGGCAUCGGUUAAACAUGUCCAAAGUGGCAGAAAGCUUGCUGAGCUACACAGAGCAGUAUGUGGAGUAUGACCCCUUCUUCACCUCCCCGGAGACCUCCAACCCCUGGAUCUCUGAUGACAUCACCAUCUGGGAACUGGAGACCAGUAAGGAGCCGGGCCAGCUGAGAGUGAAGAGGUGGGGCUUUGGGAUUAACGAGGUGUUGAAGGAUCCUGUUGGGAGAGAACAGUUCCUCAAGUUCCUGGAGUCAGAGUUCAGCUCAGAGAACCUCAGGUUCUGGCUGGCGGUUCAGGAGGUGAAGAAGAGGCCGAUUCGGGAGGUCCCUACAAGGGUCCAGGAGAUCUGGCAGGAGUUCUUGGCCCCAGGGGCCCCCAGUGCCAUUAACGUUGACUCCAAGAGCUACGACAAGACCACACAGAAUGUCAAGGACCCCGGACGAUACGCCUUCGAGGACGCACAGGAGCACAUCUACAAGCUGAUGAAGAGUGAUUCCUACAGCCGCUUCCUCCGCUCUACUUUCUACCAGGAGCUGCUACAGGCCAAGAAGAAGAAAAGUAAGAACUUAUUCUGAGGAACUCCACUUCCAGAGUGGGACAGGUGUGGCUCCGUGACAACGAUCACAACUGCAGCGGCUCACCGACGUGACUUCGGCUCCAACACAGUGGCUCCAACACAGUAGCUCCAACACAGUGGCUCCAACACAGUGGCUCCAACACAGUGGCUCCAACACAGUGGCUCCAACACAGUGGCUCCAACACAGUACCCACCUAUAAGCCAAUGAGGAAACCGCUGCUAUCUGGUAUCGCUGGGUUAUAAAGUUAGAUCUGAUUGAAUCCAGGCCUUAGGGAUCUAUGUUAUAUGUAUCGCUGAAGCAUUACAGAUCACAUUGAUAGAACAUUUUAAAGGUAACCUCUGAUUGAGGGGACAUGUGAAGCGUUUACAGUGAAAUGAGCUAACGCAGAAACAUUGAAGGUAAAUUUCAAUUGGGUUGGGUAACAAUGAACUUCACGAUACUUAAUUGAAUAGACUCCUUAUUGAAUCUAGGCCUUAGUAUCAAUCCUCUGUCUAUUUGUCUCCUUUUUUUUUAGGUCAAAUCAUUUAGAUGGAAUCACCCUGGAACAAUGUAAUGUUUUAGCCUUAGGAGAGAGAGGAGAGAGGACCAGAUCAUUUGUACAUUAAUGUAAUGUUUUAGGGAGAGAGAGGAGGACCAGAUCAUUUGUACAUUAAUGUAGUGUUUUAGCCUUGGGGGAGAGAGGAGAGAGGACCAGAUCAUUUGUACAUUAAUGUAAUGUUUUAGCCUUGGGGGAGAGAGGAGAUGGGACCAGAUCAUUUGUACAUUAAUGUAAUGUUUUAGGGAGAGAGAGGAGAGAGGACCAGAUCAUUUGUACAUUAAUGUAAUGUUUUAGCCUUGGGGGAGAGAGGAGAUGGGACCAGAUCAUUUGUACAUGAAUGUAAUGUUUUAGGGAGAAAGAGGAGAGAGGACCAGAUCAUUUGUACAUUAAUGUAAUGUUUUAGGGAGAGAGAGGAGAGAGGACCAGAUCAUUUGUACAUUAAUGUAGUCUUGUCCGUCUCGAGGAUCCACCACUCGACAGACAGACAAGUAGGUCUGACGUGAAAGGAGUUGAUUUCCUAUCCUGACAUUUCAUUCUGUCCCCAGCAGUACAAAAAAUUAGGAUCAAGGCCUCUUGGACUUUUUGUUGUUGUUGUUGUUGUUGUUGUUGUUGUUGAUAGACAUUCAAGUGAACUCACAAAUGCCUUGUCCUCUAUGAACAUACCAUUAGCUACGUAUCAACUGGAUCUCAUCGGUGUGCGUCUCCAACUCCAUCAAGUGAACUCACAAAUGCCUUGUCCUCUAUGAACAUACCAUUAGCUACGUAUCAACUGGAUCUCAUCGCUGUGUCUCCAACUCCAUCAAGUGAACUCACAAAUGCCUUGUCCUCUAUGAACAUACCAUUAGCUACGUAUCAACUGGAUCUCAUCGCUGUGCGUCUCCAACUCCAUCAAGUGAACUCACAAAUGCCUUGUCCUCUAUGAACAUACCAUUAGCUACGUAUCAACUGGAUCUCAUCGGUGUGCGUCUCCAACUCCAUCAAGUGAACUCACAAAUGCCUUGUCCUCUAUGAACAUACCAUUAGCUACGUAUCAACUGGAUCUCAUCGCUGUGCGUCUCCCAACUCCAUCGCAAGCUGGGAAUAACGUGUCAAAUAUGUAAACAAAACAAAAAACAAGACAUGCUAAAAAAAAAUGAAUCUGUCAAACCAAGAAACAUCUUCUUGUAGCUCUAUUGGAUUAUGUUCGUCAUUGACUGCCAUUCCCAGGAAGCACUGCUAGAGAUGAUGUAUUCUCAUGAUUAAGUCAUGAUUAAGGCAGUUUAUACAUUUUUUUUAACAUUACAAUAGAUUCAUAACAGAUUUCUCAACACACUAAGUGUUAUGCAGUACUUACCAUGAAUAGCGUCUCCGUGAACGCGGGAACAUAGCGCAGGUCUUAAGCACUACGGAUUGAAUCGAGCCCCAAAUGUCUCAUUGGUUUAUUUUUCUAUCACAUUUAAAUGUUUUCCACUCACUGAUUGGAUGUAUUAAAGCUACAACCGUUACCGGUUUUACAUGA